AUGUCCAACAUCGCCUCCGACGCGCAGCUCUUCGAAGACCAUUUCCGGGUCGAGCGACUAGGCGACGCCAAAUAUGACCGGGUGGAUCGCAUCUACUGCAAAUCGGACGACAAGAGUAUCAGCAUGAGCCUCGACAUCAACACCGAACUUUUCCCCUGCAAGGCCGACGACGAACUGCACGUGGCGCUGGCCACGUCGCUGCACUACGACGGUAGUAAGGACGACGAACGCGGCUGGCGCGACGUUGCCAAGGCUGGUGCUAGUGACGCCACCCUCGCGGAUAUCUUUGACUAUGUCUGCUAUGGAAAGAUUUACAAGUUCGAGGACGCUGAGGAUGGGAAGACGAUCAAAGCAUACAUUUCGUUUGGCGGUCUGUUGAUGUCCCUUGAGGGCCCGUACAAGAAGCUCACGCCUUUGCGCGUAGACUACGUUUACCUACUCGCCCGGAAGCGGUGA